AUGGGCAACGCACUCGCAGCCACGAUCGGUGGACUUCACGUUGGCUUUGUCGUGAUCACACGCACGCUACGACUGCGAAACGGAAGACCGCGGGCAUUGAGCAGUCCGUGGUCCGCUGCAGACCAGCACGUGAUCAUAAUGGUCAUCGGCCACUCAUGA